UACAUGACACGUUAUCAAUAGAGUUUAUCUAGACUAGAUUCCAGAUCUAUAUUGUAACAAUAUUGUAAACUCAUCAUGACUACGAUGCAAUCGUGAUACAAUAUGUUGUUUUCAAUUUGUCUUUUUUCAUUUAGGAUAUAAGUCUAGAUCUAUCUCAUAUCUAGGUUACUAGAUGUGUUAGUAAGUGUUAAUCACAUAGAGCUGCAUAGUUAAGACCUAUUAAUAAGCUGAAGAAAAAACUGAUAUUUAAACACCAAGAGACUGGCUCUGUCACUGCAAAUUCAAGUGGAAUGAGGAAUAAAGAGGAUGAAAAGUCCCAAGAGGCAGACUCCUCAGGGGCUCGUAAAAGGGUUCAGAAGGUUCAGAGUUCGGAGUACACAGAUUUUGAUGCUAAUUACAGCUUUCCACACAUCCCUAUGACGUCUUCAGCACCAGACACCUCACCGGAGCAUGGGGCAAUCAGCAAGGAUCUAAGCAACAUCAUGCUACUAAUGUUUCUAUAUCUCCUUCAGGGGAUCCCUCUAGGACUUGCUGGCAGCAUACCAAUGUUACUACAAAGUAGAAAAGUUAGUUACACAGACCAGGCCCUGUUCAGUUUAGUCUACUGGCCUUUCAGUAUCAAACUGCUUUGGGCUCCUCUAGUAGACUCACUCUACGUGCAAUGGUUUGGGCGGCGAAAGACUUGGCUGAUACCGAUACAGUAUCUUAUGGGUGUGUUCAUGUUGAUACUGUCGACUCAGGCCAAAUUUCUCCUAGGCGACAGUGAUCACCAAGACAAUGUGAAUAUUCUUGGUCUGACGGUGAUAUUUGUCUUCCUGAACUUUCUGGCUGCAACACAGGACAUUGCAGUGGACGGCUGGGCUCUUAGCAUGUUAUCCAAACCUAAUGUGGGCUGGGCCAGUACUUGUAACUCAGUGGGACAAACUGCUGGAUAUUUCCUAGGCAAUGUCAUUUUCCUUGCCUUGGAGUCGGCAGACUUUUGCAACAAAUAUCUGAGAAGUCAGCCACAGACAGAGGGCAUAGUCACUCUAUCAGGUUUUCUUUGGUUUUGGGGCAUCACAUUCUUCGUCACCACCACCCUAGUUGGCAUACUCAAGAAAGAAACUAAAGACAUUGGCAGUGACCAGGAUCAGAGCAUUGCCGAGACGUACAAGACAUUGGUGAAAGUAAUCUGUCUGAAGCCGGUCGUCACUUACACCAUCAUCCUGCUCACCUCCAAGGUUGCCUUUGCUGCUGCUGAUAGUUUGACUGGGCUGAAACUAAUCGAAGCUGGCUUGCCCAAAGAGACACUGGCUUUGUUUGCUGUUCCCAUAGUGCCCCUGCAGAUAGUUCUUCCUUUGGUCAUCAGUAAAUACACGUCUGGCCCAAAGCCAAUGAAUAUCUGGCUCAAAGCUUAUCCGUACAGACUAAUGAUUGGAAUUCUGUACUGUGUUGUGGUCUACUGGGCCAGUCAUGUCCAGACUUCGCCCGGAGAGUUCCCUUGGUAUUUCUAUGUGGUCAUCUUGUCAUUCUAUGCCCUGCAUCAGGUUGCUGUAUAUUCUAUGUUUGUCGCCCAGAUGGCCUUCCAUGCGAAAAUUAGUGACCCAGUUAUUGGGGGGACCUACAUGACACUGCUGAACACAGUUGCCAAUUUAGGUGGUAACUGGCCCAGUACUUUAACACUUUGGGUUGUUGACCAUGUCACUUGGAAGACAUGCUCUUCAGGAUUGAGCUGCAACAGUGAAGACAUGAAAAAGGAAUGUCUGAAUGCUGGAAACACCUGCACCACGUCAUUGGAUGGCUACUACGUUCUCUGUCUUGUCUGCUCUGUCAUUGGACUACUGUUCCUCAAGUCACGCUCCAGCUCUCUGCGGCACCUGGGCGAGCUGGGAGAAAAAUCCUGGCGAUAUGCUCACAGUGGCAGGUCUUGACUACGGCUGGACGUCUAGGAGUCUUAUUAUUGAAUGAACUGGCUGCACUUUAUUUUUCUUUGAAGAGCAUUAUUUAUUGUUGACUUCAGGAAGUGCUGGUAAGAACAGAGUCAAAAGGCUGAAGCCACAGAUCACUUGAUCAAAGAUAGAAUAAAUAAGAUAGUGAUGACUGUUAUUUAACACUGGCUGGUUUUCAUUGAACUAUUCUGUUAUUCAGUUUAUAAGGUGAUGAUGUUAUUACAUGAAAUUUUUAACCAAUGUAUUGUCAUAGUGAACAAUUCGAUUCUUUCUGAACAGCAAAAUAUUUAGUACAUACAUUAGCAAGCCCUAGUAACUGAAUUAGUAUUUGACUAUGCUUGUCAACAUAGAAUGUGGAUCAAAUUCCAUCUCAAUCUUGGGUUUUUACAAUCAAAACCUGUUUCUGAUUGUUAGAUCCCAAUCGAAAUGAUUGCUCUGGAACACUGGGUGCUGGGGUUGUAUAGCAAUUAUCACUUUAACAUUAUAGUUACAUUACAUAACCCUUGCUUGUUGACGCAUUGCGGGUCAUAUACUGAUCAACAGGAGGGAUAAUCAGAUUGGCAUGAUUUUUCUUCCCUUCUAUUGAAAGACUAGGUGUCGUCUUAUGGUAUGAAUUACAUUCCUUCAAAUGGCUCUUAUAAUGGAAAUGUGUUUUAUUUGAAUGUAUUUAUAAUGUCAGUUAAAAUAAAACAUUUUACACCCAGCAGCCAUACACUAGUCCACCAAAAAUAUGCUCUACAGACAUGUACUUUGUGUUCAUGUCUUGAGUUUCAUGAGUAGGACUGAUGGGCCUUUUUUUUUUUGUAAAACCAUUUAAAUGCUGCCUUAGUUUUCAUGAACUGUUCUCUUCAUAGCAAGUUAUUAUCUUAUCUUAUAAGAUUACUGACGUUACUUCAAAAUAGAAGAUAAUCAUGAGUUCUAUGAAUAUUACCUGUGUUAACAAGUCCCAUUAAUUAAGUGAUGUGCCACCCCCCCUUAUUUUUUGUGUAUGUCAAAGAGAAAGCCAAAAACUGUAUUCUCCCUUUAGAAGGUCAUUUUACAUGAAGAGUUCACAGUACUCAAGAAAUAAACUGACAUUUUGAAGUAAACAAAUACAUAGACUGUUCUUGCAUUCAACAUUCGCAUGAGUGUAAAACUUAAUAUUGAAGUUGGUCAUUUGACUUUUCAAAAAAUGUUAUUCUGUUUUGUGGAUACACAUUACUGGUGUCUGGACUUAACCCAUCAGAUGUAUUGGUCUGGGCUUAGCCCAUCAGAAGUACUUGUCUGGGCUUAGCCCAUCAGAAGUACCCCGGUACUGGUCUGGGCUCAACCCACAAGUACUAGUCUGGACUUAACCCAUCAGAGUUUCUAAUAGUUUCUAGCUGGUUGGUCAUACACUUAGUUGAUUGCAGGACUAACUGGUCCUAUUUUUUUUUUUUUUACAUUGGUCUAUGCCUUUGAUAAUAGGCUUACUGUGGACCAAACAGGUUAAAAAAAAACUCAGUUUGUGUGAAGUUUUUGGCUCUGGUAGUGGGUCCAGUAUUUGGCUUUUUUUUUUUUUAAAUCAAAAGUCUAUUUACACUUCUGAUGCUAUUUUAGUUGUUUUAUCAUCUUAGCCCUGAACAAAAUAUAUUAAAAUUAGGAAACUUAAGGAAAUAAAAAUACUGGACUAUCUGAUCCUGUGAUUUUUUAAAAUUCAGGAAAUUCUGGUCCAUAAUUUGUUUAAUAGUUUCUAGCUGGUUGGUCAUACACUUAGUUGAUUGCAGGACUAACUGGUCCUAUUUUUUUUUUUUUACAUUGGUCUAUGCCUUUGAUAAUAGGCUUACUGUGGACCAAACUGGACAUUUCAAGUUAUUGUAAUAGCCAGCAGUUUUCUUUUUAGAAUUUAUUCUUAGGGCUACUUUGUUACUCUUCCUUGUUUAUUGACAUUGUGAUGCAUCUUUUUAUUUUGCUUUAACUACUUGUUAUUAACUUACAUGUCAUAUAUAUAUAUAUAUAUAUAUUUGACUGGACUCUAUGAGUUACUAUAGCAUGGUAUCUGUUGAGAUGUUAUUGUUAAAUAUUUUGUAACAAAAGCAAAUUAAUUAACAUUCAUCAGUUGCAUUUGGAUCAGUAACUAGUCAAAAGGACAUUUUACAAAAUUCUAUUGCAUUUGGAUGUCUUGUUGUUUUUGAUUAGCGGGACAACGAGAAGUUUCAAUCAUUGUUAGUACAAAGCUUAGAAUCUUUUAAUGGGAGGGGUAGGGUCAGGAAUAAAGUUUUUUAAAAUAUUGUUAUAAACCUGGUGGUGGCACAGAUGGGGGUAGUGGUGUGUGUGUAGUCAGCCGACGCAAAUCGCCCCAGGCCAGCGCUAGACGAGCGGUCAAGCGUGACAAGUUACGACUGUCAGCCGAGUCGAGCGUCAACAGGACAGUUCGGGAAGGAUCGCCGACGUGAACAGAGCUCAGGAGCGUCACGAGAGUUAUAGUCAUCUGACCACCUAGAAACGUCGAGGGGCGUUCUGUCCGGUUCGAGAAGGCCAGUAGGGACCCUAUAUAAGAGCGGAGGUGUCGCAGUCAAGACAGUCGAGAAAAGGGGCUCAAUACAGCACGGUUCACGGCAGGGGUUCAGAGCCCGGUUCACUACAGUCCGGUCGACUACAGCACAGUUCAGCGAUGUGGUUCUGUACGGAGCAUUACGACGGUUCAGUGCGGAGUACUAUCAAGUACAGUUGAGACGAACGGCGUCUUGAUCUUGGUCUGCGAUCGAGUCCGACACAACGAGCCUAGUGUGUGAAGUCAGUCCUGAACUGUUGAACCCAGUGCAAGCCCGGAACGAGAAGGAGAGGCCAGGGCAAGAGUUGAUACGGCGGAACGGUGUUAUCGGAGAGAUAUUUGUACAGUGUACGUGUUGCCAAUUGUACAGUAUUGGCUGUUAUUUAUUCAACUAUUAAAGUGUUACGUUACUUUGGAGCCCUGAGUUGUCAAGUUCUUUAAGUUGGUGGUGUAAGGUGCAGUUUGCAGAGAGCCUGGAUAGUGAGAUUCGUAACAAUAUAAAUAAGUAUAUCACAGCACAGGAUGGGGCAUGGGGAGGAGACUGAAUACUACUUGUAUAGUGCCACAUCUCCUUCAGAAUGGUAGAGCCUUGUAGAAAUGUUAUUGUGUUUGGCUUAGAACAAGUUUUCACCUUUUGAAUCUUAAAUUCUUUGCUUGACUGGUCAUUAAGUUAUUAUUAACUAUAUGGUUAUAGACUUAUGAGAUGGCCUGCACUCUAUUAAAAACAAAACUAAACAUUUAACUAUUUGAUCUUUAUAAAUCUUUGAUUUUUUUUCUGUGUUUUUUUUUUUUUUUAAGUGCAUUCUCUAUUUCUAUAGCCCACAGUCAAGCUGGCAAUGAAUUCUUGGUACAGUUGAGUCUGCAUCAAAGUAAAUACUCCAUAAGACUCACUCCCUUUCUCUUGUAUUUUGUAAUGGCCCUUCAAAUUAGUGACAAAGUCUUGUUCAUUUCUAGCUAUCAACAAUUGGAUAAGAAAACAUGCCAGAUUGUCAUUUGAUUUCAUUUUACUCUCCUUAUAUAGAUUAAGGGUUGAAGAGAGCUGGCUGAGUGGUGCAGCACUAGGCUUCCAAACCAAGGGGUCUCAGGUUAUAAUCUAGUGAAGACUGGCAUUUUGAAUCUCCCCCCCCCCCCCCCCCCCCCCAAAAAAAAAAACUCUUGACAUUAGCUGGCGGUCGGUCAACCUCAUUAACCAUCAUCCAUAGAAACAGAUUACCUUUGCAUGAUCUGCCUUACAGAUAGCUAGGUCUGAAAGGGAGAUGCUGUAUUUCAAAAUGAAACUAGGUUUUUUACUUUCUAUAAAAUAUGUUGCUUUUUUUUUUAAUGCCAAUAUUUAAUAAAGAAUUUUUUAAAAAGAACUUUUUUUUUUAGAAAUGGUUGGGACUAUUAUGAAUGUCAACAUUAUGAUUUAGUGUGUUCUUUUAAUUUUCUUGGGUUUAUGUGAAUCUUUUUUCUAAGAAAAAGUUUUGUUAUUUAUUUCUAUAUUUUAUUUCACCAUUUAAAAUGAUCCUAUAUUUAAUGCAACACAUUUCAAACUCAAUAUAACAUUUAACAACCCCAGUAACAUUCUGUAAACUAUCAUCACAUCUGUGAAGAAGUCUUACUGUUACUUAUGUUUCAUGCCAAUUGGAGUAAUGUCCAUUUCUACUUAAAUGUGUUACUCUUUUUCAUUCUCUAUAUUUGCUAUUCAAGUUUUGUAGUCAAAUUAUCUGGAUCACAUCUAUCCUCUCCACAAUACAUUAAAGACAUUUCAGAUCACUUAUAGACUAACGACAUUCAGGUUUUAAAUCAAUACGUUUAUCUAGAUAUCAGUAUAUUAAGCUCUGUUGAGAAUGAAAUUAGAUGUUUAUCAUUCGAAAUAAAAAUGUGAACAUUUAAUUCUUCUGUGUAAGCAUUAUGACCACAUUCUCUUUUAAGAUUUCCUGUGUAUCCAAUAAUCUUUAAACUCAACAGUGGCAGCAGUUUUCAAUUUAAAAAUAUAUGAACGCGGUGGCUUAAGCGCUUGGCUUACGUACCAGGGGUCCUGGGUUGAAAUCUCGGUGAAGACUGGGAUUUCGAGUUUCGGGAUUUUUAGUCGCCCCAGAGUCCAGACGACUCUAAUGGGUAUAUGACGUUAGUUGUGGGUAAGUAAAGGUGGUUGGUCGUUGUGCUGGUUAUAUGGCACUCAGCUCGUUAACCAUUGGUCAUAGAAACAAAUGACUUUAAGAUCAUCUGCCCCAUAGAUCGCAGGUCUGAAAGGGGAACUUUCUUUUUUUUUUAUUUUUAUUAUAAAUAUAAUUUUUUUUUUUACAUUUUUGUUCUGACUGAUUAUUGAUACUAUGAAAUAUUUUUUAGUGGGUGAAUGUUCAAACAUUUGUUGUCCAAGAUUUAAAGUAAGAGUAGAUUGAUUAAUAGCAUAAAGUUAUAGUGUUUUUUUUUUAAAUGAGCUUUUUCUUCUUGUGAUUUUGUUCAAAUACUUUAUUUAUUUUUAAUUGACUAGAUUUGUGAAGUCCUUACAAUUUGGUCUGAAAAUGUUUGCAGGCACUACAAACUAAAUAGUCUGUGAAACAAAUUGUGAUCUUGUUAUUUUUUCAGCUUAAAACUUUGUUAUUUUUCAAAGGCAUUGGUAUUAAAAGUCAAUUGACUAUUUGAAAAUCAA